CUUGAUAAUAUUGUGUGGAUAAGAUUGCUUUCUUGCAUCUGCAACUCUAGUGAUAUCUCUCUCUCUCUCUACCAUACAAAUGUACAAUACUCUGUUUUCACGUCCGUAUUUUCACUUCCAUGCAAAUUGCAUCUUCAGGAUUUCUCCAAAAUGAGAACCAUCUUUUACUAGGAUGUUAUGGUUUGUACAAGGAAUUAGCAUGCAAAAUCAGCCAGAAAGGGUUACCCAUUUUCUUUCGGUUGUCAGAUAUAACUGAUGGCCGACUAUAGAAGAGAAAGUAUCCAGCCAAUGGCAGUUGGAAAGCUGCAGAAUGGGGCGAUGACGAGCAGCUCCAAAGCUAGGCCAUCAAACAAGACAGGGCCUCAUACCAAAGAGAAGCAAAUUCGUUCCUUUUCAUCUCCUCUAAGUUCACACAACGAAUCUCUCUGCUUGUCCUGCUUCAGUAAUAACAGUUGCCAAACCGUUCGCUCAAGAACUAAGUUGAUGAAUGUUCUGAUAGAGAGAGGAAAGCCUCGUGAAGUCCAUGCCAUUUUCAAAGCUUUAAUCGAAGAGGGACACAAGCCUACUCUUGUAACAUAUACUACACUUUUGGCUGCUCUCACGCUGCUAAAACAUUUCAAGUCCAUUGCUUCUCUCCUUUCCAAGAUAGAAAACGAUGGACUUAAACCCGACUCAAUAUUCUUCAAUGCAAUGAUCAACGCUUUCUCUGAAUCUGGAAAUAUGAAGGAGGCGAUAAAAAUAUUCAAGAAAAUGAAAGAGAAAGGGUGUAAGCCAACAACCAGCACCUUCAACACUUUGAUUAAAGGAUACGGAAUUAUAGGUAAGCCUGAAGAAUCUCUGAAACUAUUGGAUACCAUGUUACAAGAACAUGUGAAACCCAAUGACAGGACAUACAAUAUUCUCGUACGAGCUUGGUGUAACAAGGGUGAUAUAGAAGAAGCAUGGAAUAUUGUGCAGAGAAUGAUUUCAGCUGGACUUAAAGCUGAUGCUGUGACAUUCAACACCAUUGCAAAAGCCUAUGCCAAACAAGGUGAAACUAGCAGAGCUGAAGCUAUGAUUAUCCAGAUGCAAAAUGCAAAGGUGCAACCGAAUGAACGAAGUUGUGGCAUUGUCGUGAAUGGCUACUGCAAGGAAGGAAACAUGACUGAUGCUUUGAGAUUUUUGUACAGAAUGAAGGAUCUCAGAGUGCAUCCAAACCUUGUUAUUUUUAACUCACUUAUCAACGGAUUUCUGGAAAACAAUGACCCUAGUGGGGUUGAUGAGAUGUUGUCAUUGAUGGAAGAAUUCGGUGUAAAACCUGACGUUGUAACAUUCAGCACCAUCAUGGAUGCCUGGAGUUCCACUGGACUCAUGGAAAAGUGCCAAGAAAUAUUUGAUGACAUGGCUAAGGCGGGAAUAGAACCAGACAUCCAUGUAUACAGCAUCCUAGCAAAAGGCUACGUGCGUGCUGGGGAACCCGACAAGGCAGAGGGACUCCUGAAAUCCAUGGUGAAAUCCGGGGUUUAUCCUAAUGAAGUAAUCUUCACUACAAUCAUAAGUGGAUGGUGUAGCGCUGGAAAAAUGCAACAUGCUCUCAGAAUGUAUGAGAAGAUGUGUGAAAUGGACGUACCUCCAAACUUGAAGACUUUCGACACUCUCAUAUGGGGAUAUGGAGAAGCGAAACAGCCAUGGAAAGCAGAGGAGUUCCUCCAAGUUAUGGAGGAGAAAGGCGUUCCUCCUCUGGAGAAAACAAUACAACUCGUUGCUGACGCGUGGCGAGCCAUCGGAUUCUUGAGCGAGGCUAAGAGGAUCACCUAUGCAUCAAAUGGUAGCAGCAAGCUUAAGAUCCCUCUUGAGCAGAAUGGUUCUCAUUCGAGUAAUCUGGGAGAAACACUCGUAAGCCAUCGAAACGGGACCGUUGCUGCUGCUGGCCUGAAAUCGUCAAGAUAUUCUUGUAGACGCCUACUGAUCAAUCCUGUUUUUCUUCCCAAGGUGAAAUUGUCGGUGGUAUGGAAGAUGCAGGUACAGUUCCAUGGGCUAGAUGCAAAUUGUAGGUACACGAGUUCAUGUAAACUAGUAUUCUAAAAUGCCAUAGCUUGUUACAGUCAUAUUCAAGACAUGCAUUUUAUGUUGUAAAAAAUUGCAUUUAUAAAAGUUUACUUGAUUAUGUUGGCA